UUCCCCAUACCAUGUAUGGAAUCUUAUUUAUUUAAUAGCUCAACACACUAUAAAAGUAAUGGUAAAAUCUUUACGCCCAGAUGGGCGCAACCUAUAUGAUCCUCGACGAUUUAAGGUGGAGUUGAAUCCAUUACGUACCGGUCCUUCAUGUCGUCUGACUGUUGGAGAUUCUUCGCCUAAUUCUCCUGUUUAUCGCGACCGUACAUCGGUAAUAUCAUUGAUUUAUUUUUCUGCUGACAAUAAGAAUCGCAACACCGUUGGAAGUUAUCAUCGUCCAACUUUUGAGGUGUAUAUACGCCCAGCUGUAGGUCCUGUCCGUGGUUAUAUUCGUGGAUAUGAGUGUAUGCUGUUAAAGUGUAUGCAAUCGAUAAUUGACGGCACUAGUUUGGGUCGUGUUUUGGUAUCAGCCCGAAUACAAAUUUUAGAGGAUGGGAGUGGAUUAUUAGCCACUUGUAUGAAUGCUUUGAUUAUUUCACUUGUAGUGGCUGCACUCCCUUUACGCGAGAUUCCACAUGCCAUACAGUUUGGCAUAACAAAGUCUUUAGAGUCUGAUAGCGUAAUAGUGGAGCCGUCUUCAGAAGAAAUUCGAACACAGUGUUCGACUGCGGUCACAAUGUUGUGCACACCAAACAGCGGCAGCAUAUCAUUUGUGUCGAUUGAUUAUGGUCGAGGUGGAUACGAUGCUAAUGUACAGGCUCAACUGGAGGCAUUAUCUUGUAAAAUAGCGGAUGCAAGACUGAAUUACGUUGGCAAUGUAUACAGAGAGGCUUUCGAGCCUGCACGCAUAUCUUUUGAGGCUAAUGGUGCUUAAUGUUUGCUAGCCGUUUAAG